UCGAGUAAGUUUCGCUAAGUUGCGAGUGAACAGUUGCCGAAUACUCAUCGCUUAUUUUGUUUCCAUUUAGAAAUGAAAUUCCUGUGGUUCAUCACCUUCCUGCUCGCGCUCGUCGGCAUGAUCGCUGGUGAUGCGUGCCCGAAAGGCUUCAAGUCGCAGAACAACAAGUGCGUCAGCCCGCGCCCAGUGCACGGCGACUGCCCGAAGGGUUCGACUUACAGCGCCAAAGUUAACCUGUGUGUUCACAACUAG